CAGGUUUCACGGGCUGGUAUUAAGUCGCUUCCGUGUAUUACCCAUGGUAUUACUGUCACGUACGGGGGAAAACCCAACUACAUCGUGUAACUUGUUUUGGCAAAAAAGCGCGAAUCCAUCCACAGCAACGUUAACCCCUUUGUUGUGUCAAUAACCGUUGCGUACUACUACGACAGAUCCAGGGUUCGUGAGCCCUAAAUUACUCCAAAUUUCCGGGUAUGAUGGUGAAACAGACGAAGAUAAUAUAGCAGGGGUUUCACUGGUAGACGCCAUGAUUAUGUUCAUGAGAAUUCUGCUUCGUUGGCUGAUUAUCAUCGUGAGUAUUCCAGUCACUGAUGAGAAACCCUCGCAACGGACGGUAUUCACUGUGAUCGGCAGAAACAAUGACACCUUCAAGAUCGAGAUACAACAUCACGAAUGUCCGGAGGACCACUUCCUCUACAGGCUUUCAAGGGGGGAAUUCUAUCUCCAAGACGGCAGAGAUAUCACUGAAGAGGUGACGGAAAUUUGCCAGAGAUGUACGAGGUGUGAUGACGGAGUGGAGGUAAUGCGAAAGUGUUCCCAGUACCAGGACAUUGUCUGCGGGAGAAAAUGCACACAGCCCGGGUACAGAUUUGACGAGGGCACCCAGUCCUGUCAACACAAGAAAAUACUUGACGAGGGUUACACCCACGAGGAACUGCGGCAGUGGUUGGCAGUGCAGGAAGACAAGGCACGCGAGGAUUUGGUGGCAGAAGUGGGAUUCACCGGGACUCCUAGAGUUCCACAGACUACUAAGGUGGCUAAGAUUAUGCCAGGAUCAGGAAUGCCCCUGAAAUUAGGUCAGGAAGGUUCGGAGGAAAGUAAGACAGUAGCAAGCUCAGAGCUAGAUGCCAAGCAGGAUCAAGGAGAAAUGAAAGAGACAAUCCCAGUGGAGGCAAAUCUCGAAGACGGUUGGGGAUAUGAGAACUUGUUGUUGAUCGCCUCCGGGACCCUCUUUGUAAUCGUUGCCCUGGCCUACGUGUAUGUGGCUAUGCAAAAAUUUCAGCGGCCGCGAUUUCUAUUCAGACGACGAGGGCGAAUGAGGGAACCCUCCGUUCCAGUGCUCAGAGUCGAGACUGGUACGUCUGGAGUCGAGGCUAGUGUGCCGACCACAUCGACAAUGGUGCGAAUGGUUGCGUCAGGACCAGUUACUUUUGAAACCGUGAAAUACCAGCCGAUUAAAAAUGGCCCGAGUUCGAAUGGCGCCAGCACUAGCUGUGUUGCAGACGAAAGCGACGAGUGGACAACCGAUUAUAGUGAUUCUGAAAGUGGAGAUGUUGAUUUAGAAAAUGAAUCCCGUGGUGACGAUGUGGGAAUCGACGUGAAGCAAGAUGACAGAAAAGAGGUGAUAAUGGUGGGUGGGGCGAGCGACGAGAAAGAGGGUGUUGUUCUUGAGGAUAUUAAAGUUGAACUUGCUGCAGAGUAUGAGACUUGCAGUGAUGGUUCAUCAGCUGAUGAUGGUUGUAGCUGUUACGUAAAUGAAAUCGAAGAAAGGACGUCAGAAGGUGAAAUGACUUCAACUGGAGGAGAACAAGAUGACAGAGAUGAAGAAGAUGUCUGUGCCAGAGAAAACAGUUGUUUCGAGAAGAGGAAUUGGACAGGUACCAAUUAUUUUGUGACUCCUGAAGCCAUCAAAUGCGCCACUAGUAGUUCUCGCUCUACCAUGGAAACGAUUCCAGAGGAUGAUGAACCCAGCCAGUAUACUCUCAUGGAUGAUCCGAAUGGACCGUGGGUCACUGUCGACGACAGCGACAAUGUCAAUAGUUUACUUACAUUGCAUCAUUACCCAACGGGUUGUGAUGAGGCAACUGAAGCUGAUAACGAAAGCGAUGACGAAAACUUCAUCGAUGGAAUCGAUUCUCCCAUUGAUUGCCCUGAUAGCUGCAACAGCGAUUAUGAGGAGUAUAGCUUCGCUGGUGAAGACGGCUUGAGUAAAGACAUUCAAGAUUGGGCCGGGGCAGAUACAACUGGCGAUAAUGAUGAAAGCGAUACUGAUAACUUCGUCGAUGGAAUCGAUUCUAUGGGCAAUCGUCAUGAUGAUGCUCUCAAUAGCAAAUAUGAAGCUCGGAACACGCAUGUUGAAGAUGAUCGAAAUCAAGCCACGUUGGAGACAAGAGAUUGCUACAGUCAAGUAACUGAAAAUGAUCUCGAAAAACGAGUAAGUAUUUGCGAUUUUAACGAAGGGCGAUUUUUUCAGGUGAAGAACGCAAUGUCGCUGUUUGCAUCCCCUGAAUCUGCUGCUGCUGUCAUCUGCGACCAAAAGGUCUAUCUUUCCCUGAAAGCUUUCAUGUCCGCGGAUUACCUUGCGUCGACAGUGUGCCCAGGGCGAGGAGGCAGUGGGAUAUUGGGAGGGAUAGAUGGCAUCCCCCGCUCAAGACAUCUGACAAUUAGGGAGAGUAUUGAAGAGAGAUCAUGGUGCACAUUCGAUUUGGCGUUUCCUAUCACCGACGCAUACAUGACACCAGUCAAUGAACUCUGCGAGGAAAUACUUGCAUUAAGCAAAUUGGAUAAACCUGCUGAGAACAGUUGUUUCGAUUUGGGUCACUUAAUUCAAAAAAUACGUGACGAAUUCACCAAGUUUGGUCACUCAUUGAAAACAAAACGAAACGACUGCAAAAGGUUUCAGUUCCUGGAAAGUCGCAAGUCUACUUUAGUCUUAUCUCCAGACCCAUUGUUUGCCCAAGCAUUUGUCACGUAUGUGACGCGCAUGAUGAAAAGGAAAUUGACGAAUCAAACUAAGACUAGUGGCAGUACUCGAGGCUGGGAAACGUUGGACUGAGUUUGGUCCUUCAUCUAGAAAACAUUCGCUUUUGUUGGGCCUGAGGUGUGUCGACGUGAACGACGUUUAUAAGCCUAUUGAGGCUAAAGGUAUGUAUGGCGCAACAACACUGCGCUAAUUUGCAACAUGUGCAUGAUUUCGGGAUUUACAAUAAACUUCAAAUAUAUUUCCCCUUUAAAAUCUUGGCUACGCCUCAAGCUCACUCAGCGAUCUCGUGGCGCAAAAAUUUUUCUGUUGUAUGAGAGUUAAAUUUUUUGGAGCUUUUUGCGUUUGAAGUAUUUAAGUCCCAGAGUUAAUGUUUGUGAAUAUCUCUUUGUAAUAAUGUCUUGAAAAUUAGGUGACCCGUGCUGCCAAUUUUGUAUGUCUAAUUGUAUUGAACAUUAACAGUUGUGUAACAUAAUCCUCUGCAUUCCAUGAUUUUUUUUCUUCUCUGUCGCAGCUUUAGGUCGUAGGGUUUAUAAAUGGUUCAACCAUAUUGCUAAUCAAGCCUAUAGCAAGUUCAUUUAUCUUUUGUAAUUCGCCAACCAGAAUCAGAAGCCAUUACUGCGGUGGCACAACGCUCGUGGACAGGUGGUACGCGCGCGUUACAUGCUUCAUCGACCAAUAGG